CCACGACUUCUCAUUCCCAAUCCCAACUUCUCAAGAUUUUCUAAUAUAAAUUCAAGAACUCAUAGAGAAGAGAGCAGAGCAUCUCUGGCUUGUGGAAAGAAAAGCUUUCUUGCUCAGGGAAGAACUUCAAGAAAAAAAAAAAUUUCAUUUGCAAAGUGCUGUAAAAAUGAAGAAAAUGGUGUUAAAAUUGUCUAUUGAGGACGAGAAAAGCAAAAGAAGGGCCUUCAAGGCAGUUGCAGGGGUGGAAGGGGUGGAUUCUGUGACGGUGGACAUGAAGGAGAGGAAGAUCACUGUAAUUGGGGAUGCAGACCCUGUGUAUUUGACAUCAAAGCUCAGGAAAUUUGGACACACAGAGCUUUUAAGCGUGGGGCCUGCCAAGGAAGAGAAAAAAGAUGCUCCCAAACAGGAGCAGAAGAAGGAUGAGAAAAAACCAGAGCCGUUUCAAACAAUCAUGUAUUAUCCCCCCAAUUACAACCACAGGCCUUAUGAAUACACUGUAGCUCGUGAUGAGUAUAAUUCUUGCACUAUCUGCUGAACUUUUAUGUGCACUGCAUAUCAUUUUUCUUUUGCAGAUGGAAAUGGUUAUGCACAUUCCAAAUGGAAUGUAAAUGAAAGGUACCCACUUGGAAAACCUUUCAGUAAAGAUGCCAAACCCUAGGAAAAUGGUUGAAUUGGAAUCUUCCUAUGGAGGUUAUGUUAGAGAGGAAAUCUUCUACGGCUGAUGUAUAUGUAGCAAUACUGAUAAAUUUUCAGGUAAAACCAGAGCUGAAAUGCAAUGCCCCCUGAUACUUACCUAGAGAUCUGAUGGAGGGGGCAUUCUACACAUUUCAUGGUUCUCAUGUUUAAGGAGUGUUUUUGGGACUGUUCUAAGCGGAUUUGAGGUCAGAUUGUUUUAGUAUUGAUGGUAAAGAUGGGUUUAUUUUGAAAGAGUCCAAAUCUGUGUAUGUAUUCUGUAUGAGAGCUAUCAAAUUAUAUACUGGAAGGUUGUAUUCUAUUUUUA